CACUUCAUCAUAUUCAAGCGAACACCCCCUACGAAUUUUGACAGUCGACUUGAUUUUAUCACAACCUAGUAUGCAUUGAAAUAUCACCAGCUGGCGAAUUAUCAACCAGACAAAAAUUAAGAAAUUGCGAUUGGUCAAUGAUUGUCAAGUCAAGUCAAGUCAAGUCGAUUAAAUAUACUGAUAGAACGAAAAUCCAAUAGCAACAUCAACAAACGCAGAAAAGAGUGACAUCUCGCCAAAGGAAUACACAAAUAGGAACAGAGAAUAUUGCUUAAAUCACAAUAUAAUUCGAAUAUAUGUAUAUGUAGGAAAAAUGACUUCAUCACAAAAUCAUUUUGGAAGUACCGUGCCAAGUCAAUUCAAUACCAAAAAUAAUACUCGUGUAGUUGCCCAAAAAGGAGGCCUCGCAAUUUUGCCAUGUGUCGUUAAAGUAAACUCCCCGGCAACGGUUUCUUGGAUAAGAAGAAAAGACUUCCAGUUGCUAACAGUUGGUUUAUCAGCACAUAGCAGUGAUAAACGGUUUUUAGUUGAACACACACGACACAUGGGCCAUUGGUCGUUAAGAAUUAAGGCCGUGAGGGAAGACGACAAAGGGUUUUAUGAAUGCCAAUUGUCUAUUUACCCCACGCAAUCAAUUUUUAUUGAACUAAAAAUAGUUGAAGCAGUUGCGGAAAUAUCCAAUUCUUCUGAUAUUCUUAUCGACGAAACUUCAACUCUUCAACUACAAUGUAAGCUUAAGGGUGCCACUGAAAACCCAUCUUUUGUAUUUUGGUAUCACGAAAACAAGAUGGUCAACUAUGAUGCUCAAGGGGGAUUUGUUGUCACAUCCGUUGCAGAAAAUGCACUUCCUAGUGAAGAAAAUGUACCGAGUUUUCAGUCGAAAGCAAGCGGCGGGAAAAGUAAGUCCUACCGAGGAACAAUGGAUUUUAAUGCCAGCAGUGGUAAUGCAACUAGCGAUGCGGGCACGUCUAUUUAUACUUCACCCAUGACUCCCUUUUCGACAUUACAAUUUCAACAAUAUAAAUCUCCAUAUAUUCCAAAUUCAUCGAUGAGUGUGCUCACCAUAAAAACGGUAACAUUUCAUCAUGCUGGCAACUACACAUGUGCACCAUCAAAUGCGCGACCAGCAAGCAUUACAGUACAUGUAUUAAGAGGAGAGAAGCCAGCCGCAAUGCAACAUGCAAACCGUAGCAUUCUUGAUGGCGAAAAUAAUUCUAACACCACUGUCGGCUUGACCAGUUUAAAAGGAUUCAAUGGUACAAAUAGUCUGAUAACUGUACCAUCACUAUUUUUACCUGUUCUAUGUCUGUUAGCUAAUUUGCCUUCCGCAUUUCAGUUACAAAAACAGACCCCAAUAAUAUUAUUUUUAUUUAUGUUAUGUAAUUUUAAUAGCUGAAAUUGUUCAUAAAUAGUAAAAUCAGUCAAUUGACUUUAGCAAUUGUAAUUUUAAGAAUUGUAUAUACAUAAAU